CUAUCUUAGCAGAAUGAAAUUGAAUAGGUGACGUGUGAGCUCAAGAUUCAAAAUAUUGUUUCACUAUAUUUAUUAAUUUAAAGUCAAUUUUACAAUGGAACAACAUAUUGCUAUUAGUAUUCAUGUUCCAAAAUUGCUGGAAUGGCUGAUUAGCAGAAGACACUGUAAAAAUGAGUGGCAGCCUGAAGCUGUCAAAAUUAGGGCAAAAAUCAACGUUGCUAUUCAAGAUAUGCCUGCAAAUGAAACUAUUGCCUCUCUUUUAUCUGGAACUUAUAUAAAUUAUUUUCAUUGUUUGAAGAUAAUUGAGAUACUUGAGACAACUGAAGCUGAUUCAAAGAAUAUAUUUGGUAGUUACACUUCAAAACGAAUGAAAGAUUGGAAAGAAAUUGUUAGCCUUUAUAAAAGAAAUAAUGUUUAUUUAGCAGAAGCUGCUGAAUUGCUCAUCAAUAUUGUUAAAUAUGAACUUCCAAACUUAAAGAAAUUAAUUUCUAAACAGCAACAGCUGCAAAAUGAUGCAAAAAAGAAAGAGACUGAGGCUUUAAAAUCAGCUAAUACAGCAAGGAAUGAUUUAAAUUCUUUUUUAAAAGAACUUGGUUUGGAUACAGGUGAAGGAUCAUAUAAGAAACGGUUGGUAGCCAAUGCACUUCAAUUACAUGCCACCCAUGAGAAAGUAGCUAGUGAAACUAAACUUAUCCUUCCUGGGUUGGAACACUACAUCAACUUUACUGCAUUGUCAUUACCUCAUCACACGGUGAACUUGAAUCUCAUCAAAUAUAUUGCUGAGAAAGGAAACACAACAGUGUAUGAAUUUAUACACGGUGAAGUACCAACUCAAAUAAUCACGCCACCUCCUGUCUUCUCAGAAGAUGAACCUGAAGAAACAAAUGAAGAUACUAUUGAUUGGGGAUUUGAUGAAGUGAAUGCUUCCCUUGAGGCUCAACCAUCUACCACAAUAGAUGAUAAUAUAGAUUUAGGCUUUGAAGAGGAAAACAACGAUAAUAUUCAGAUUGAACUGGUAGACCCUGGUGAAGCUAGUGGAAAAGAAUCGGAAGAAGUAAAGGAAGAGAAGUUAUCUGAUAAAGUCGCAAGAGGAGACAAAGCUCUUACUAUUUUUGAAAAUAGCCAAACAAGGACUAAUUUUAUAAACCAACUCUUAGAACUGAAUUCCUUCCUGAAGAUGAGACUGUUCGAUGCCAGAAAAGAGGGUCCUAAUGACGAUCUGGUGGAGUCCGUUGCAGGGUUGGAGGAUAUGCAGAAGUCUAUAGAAUCAGUCACUAGUCUUCUUUUGAGCAAAACUUCGCAACAUUUUUAUAAUAUAUUGUUCUUACCCAAGUAACUAUUUGGAUAAUUUAGUAGCCAAGAUCAACGAGAAGGCAGAUGCUAUCGAGAGGUGGACUGCUGUAGCAGCACUUAGUAAGGAACGACAAGCGGAGGCAUCCACUGAAGCUACUGAACUUUCAAAAAAAGCUCAAGUAAUUGUCCGCAAGGGCAGAGAACUUCAAGAAGAGAUCAGAAAAGACAUUGCUGAAAGAUAUAGUGGAAGAACUGUUACGCUCAUGGGAGGGCCUACAUUUGACAGGCAUUGAAUGUUUGCAUGUUAACUUUAUUGUAUAAAUAUGUAUAUAAAUUUUGUAUGUUUUUAAAUUAAAAACAAUACUUUUUUGAAUAAAUAAAUUGUUAUCAACUGA